AUGAUCACUGGACGUUUCUCGCAAGAACUAUCAUACGCUGCAAUCAUAGUAAAGUAUGGUUUAAAUCUGCUCGUGCUUUUUCAUCUUGUUAUCGAAGCCGAGUCUUUGGAGUUUGUGAAGGGUAUUACGCAAGAUAUGUUUUUGAGUCGUGGAAUGAUUUCGUGUUUGUUUUAUUUUGAAACUUUUGUAUUGCUUGCAGUAAAUGCUAUCUCCAAGCUUACGAAUACGAGCAAAGGAAUCAAAAUGAAAUGA